UCUAGACCUUCAAAAGAACAAUUUGUCUGGUGCGAUUCCAAACUCUAUAGGUCAGAUUACUGGGCUUCAAACACUUCACCUGAGCAACAACAAAUUCUCAGGAAAAAUUCCAUCAUCUCUUCAGAAUUUGUCAAAGUUGGAAACUUUAGACUUGGGAAACAACAUGUUGACAGGAAAUUUACCAGGUUGGUUUGGAGAAGCUUUUCCUCGUCUCAGGAUACUUAGCCUCAGGUCAAAUAAAUUUUCUGGAGAACUUCCCUUGGUAGUUUCAAAUUUGAGUUCCCUACAAAUUUUAGACCUGGAUGAAAACCAGUUAAAUGGUUCCAUUCCAGAUAGCCUGGGCAAUCUUAAAGCCAUGACUCAGCAACAAAACAUUAACCAUUAUUUGCUUUAUGGAACCCUUUCUGAACAUCACAAUUACCAAGAGAACGUAUAUGUAACCAUAAAUGGCCUUGGAUUAACGUACACUAGGACUAUUUCCCUGCUAACCAGCAUAGAUCUGUCUGGAAAUAAUUUAAGUGGAAGAUUUCCUGAAGCAAUAACAAGAUUAGUUGGUUUGGAGGUUUUAAACCUGUCAAGGAACCACAUCAAUGGCCAGAUUCCUGAUAGAAUUUCAGCAUUGCGUCAGCUGUUAUCUCUUGAUGUCUCAAGCAAUAGGCUUUCAGGUCCUAUUCCAAAAAGCAUUAUCAUUUUUCCAAAAUCAAUUAAAGAUUUGGAAACUGUGAAAAUCUGUUCCAAUUUUCCCUUUAAAUUUCCUCAAAAAGAAUUAGCAUCUGGUGGAACUGCUCAACUGGUGCACUGCAAUGCAGCUGAUAGAGAAGUUCUUCUUGAAUUCAAAAUGGGUCUUCAAGAUCCAGUGAACCAGCUUUCCUCAUGGCAGGGAAGCAAUUGCUGUCAAUGGCUGGGUAUAGCCUGUGACAAUGCCACUGGAGCUGUAAUUUCCAUUAAUCUCUCCAGCCUUGAUUUGGUUGGUGAGAUUAGUCCCUCAAUCACAAAACUCAAGUCCUUGACACGUCUGGUUUUAUCAUGGAACAAUAUCAAAGGUGAGAUUCCAAGCUUCAUUGGAAAUUUGCAGCAUUUAGCUUAUCUUGAACUGAACUCUAAUAAGCUAAAUGGUACUCUCCCAGACAGCUUAGGACUGCUCUCCGAGUUGUACUUCCUUGAUGUUUCUGACAAUGAAUUGACAGGUGUUGUCUCAGAAGCACAUUUUCUGAUGUUAACUAAACUAAAGUACUUGUUCUUGUCUGAAAACUCUUUCAUUUUCAAUAUCAGUUCCAACUGGGUCCCUCCAUUCCAGAUUCAUCAACUGGAUUUUGGGUCAUGCCACUUAGGUACUUCCUUUCCCAUUUGGCUUAGAUCCCAAAGAGAUAUGGAAGUUUUAAGACUCUCAAACUGUAGCAUUUCAGGCUCCAUUCCGACCUGGUUUUGGGGCAUAUCUGGCUCUAUCGGUCUUUUAGAUUUUUCUUCCAAGCAUUUAGAGGGCCGUUUACCAAAUCCGUUGAAUGUAAGUUUCGUUCCUGAUGUUGUUGAUUUGAGCAAUAACCACUUGAAAGGAUCCAUUCCUCUUCCAGAUGCCUUAGCAAUAGAUCUUUCUAAUAAUCAAUUCUCUGGUCAUAUUCCAAACAAUAUUGGUCAAAUCAUGCCACACUUAAUAUUCCUUUCCGUGUCUGGCAACCGGCUGACUGGUGCAAUCCCAGACUCAAUUGGAGUUCACCUUGAAGUUUUGGAUCUUUCAAGAAAUAAUUUGACAGGAAGCAUUCCUUCAGGCAUAGGGAAUUGUUAUGAUCUCAAAGUUCUAGACCUUCAACACAACAAUUUGUCUGGAGGGAUUCCUAGUUCAAUGGCUGAGUUGCAUGUUCUUCAAACACUUCACUUAGGCAAGAACAGAUUAUCAGGAGAGAUCCAUUCUCUUCAGAAUUUUUCAUAUUUGGAAACCUUAGACUUGUCAAACAACAGUCUCACUCUGUAG